UACCAGUAAUUAUGCUGAGGUGGGAGGCAGGGACAGAACCGUGGUAGAAUUCUGAUAGUUUUCUUUUUCUUAUCAGUUACAUUUUACUAACUCUGUAUCCCAGCUGUAUCCCGCUCCCUCAUUGCCUCUCUCCCUCCCUCAUCUCCUCCCUCCCUCAACUCCUCCCUCCCUCAUCUCCUCCCUCCCUCAUCUCCUCUCUCCCUCAUCUCCUCCCUCCCUCAUCUCCUCUCUCCCUCAUCUCCUCCCUCCCUCAUCUCCUCCCUCCCUCAUCUCCUCUCUCCCUCAUCUCCUCCCUCCCUCAUCUCCUCCCUGCCCCUUUCCAACUCCACCGAUUGAGGGGGACCUCCUCCCCUUCCAUCUGACCCUGUUUUAUCAGGUAUCUUCAGGACUGGCUGCAAAGUCGUCCUCUGUGGCCUAGCAGGGCUGCUCCUCUGAUAGUUUUUCUAUGUGUCCCUGGAGAGAGAGAGAGAGAGAGAAGGUCCACUCGGGUAUGAACCUAGCAGGUGCAAACAGCUGGCUUUUCGGACAGAGAUGACCCAGAAUUUAACAUCUUAGUUAGCAGCCCUUCCUACAAAGGCGGGAUGCAGAAGGCCGCCCGUGUGUUUGUUCCGCAGGCUAAAUGAACUUCACUCCCAGCACCAUCAACCACCGCGGAGCCGCAGCGCAGGGUCUGGAGAUGCCCUUCCUAUCUAUCUACCCAAGAACUUUGAAAGCAUGCUCACUGAAGAGGCUACAUGUGAAUUUGAACGCUGCACCAUCUGUAAAAAACAGGAAUGACUGUCAGCUGGUGUGCAUGAUAAACAACUGCUGCGGUCCGAGAGAUGGCUCGGUGUGCAAAGGGCCGGCUGUGCAAGCAUCAGGACCUGAGUUCAGUCCCCCGCACCUACAGCACAGGCAGGGUAGCGUGCAUCUGUGGACCUGCUGUGGGACCUCUGAGAUUUCCCACAAGCCUGCCAGCAGCCUGCUCAGUAACCACAGAGAACAAGAGGGCCUGUGCCCCACAGGGCAGAAAGCCAGGACCAGGACCCGCUACUGCCCUCUGACGCCACACCCAUCCAGGGAGUGCACAUGCGUGCACAUGUCAGCGUCCUUGGCCAUCAGAAGACGACACAGACGAGGCAGAGGAGUCCUGCCAGUAGAGCGUCCAUCAGGCUUCCUUGCUGGUGUGGCAAAAGCGGCUGGAACUGAGUGGCGUGGCUGCCUCGCUCUGUGCGCGGCGAUUUCCAGCAGCACACGGACUCACACCAAGAGCUAACGGAAACGGGGUCUGAGCAAACCCGCCACCUCCUAAGGACAACAGCUUCCAAAUGGAGCUGUAACCAGGGAGUGAGCUCCCCCAACACGGCGCUGUGGUCCCCACUGUACCUGCUUGAACUGCCACUGAAUGAUUUAAAAAAAAAAAAAAACAACUCAGAAUACAGAUGAAGAGCUAAACGAAAGUAGGAAGCUCCUGGACGACAGGAAUGAGAAAUUCAUCAGAGAUGAAGACCUGGGGCGGGGAAAAACAACCAGGCCACAGAAAUGAAGAGUUCAUUAAGUCAAAUGAAAAAUUUAGCCAGCAGUCUGCAACAGAGGAGAGUGAGGGAAAGAAAGAGUAACUGAGCUGGAAGACCAGUCCUUUGAAAUAUCAGUCCAACAGGAAAGGGAAGAGGGAAAAGCAGCAGCAGUCGAAAUUGCAGGAGGCCACUAACAGCCUGAGGGAAGGCAGCAAGGGCUGAGAGCAAGCUGUGACGGAGCGAAGGCAGAGAAACCCUCUCAUAAAAAACAAAACAACACAACAACAAAACAGAUUAGUUGAAUGAACUGAAAGAAUCCAAGACCCAAUAACAUAUCAUUAAGGGAUCAUCAAAAAGAAUCAACAAUUAUAAAUCACUAUGCACCCAAUGCUGUGACCCAAUUACAGAAAACAAAAAUCAAUCCUUGGGGGCGGGGCACAAGGAGCUGAAAAUCCCAGGACCCCAAGGCUGCCAUAGCAGGAUGACAAAUCAGACAAUCUCAAAAAACAAAAACAGAAAACCAAACACGAGAAAGGAGACAUUACCACCUAUAUCAUGGAAAUACAAAUGAUUAGAGAUUAUUUUGAAAGGUGGUACAUUAACAUAUUGAAA